AGAAAAUAUAAAAAAAUAAAAACGGUCGUGUUGUAUUUAAUACAAUCACCUGUCAUAUAAUAUAUUUGGUCAAUUGUCUUCUUGCGAAACAUUUCAAUAUGUUUCCUUUCUUGUCUAAUGUCUUAUUUAUUAUACUUUAUAGACCCAACAUUGCUCAGUUUCCACUCUAUUACAAAGAAAAGAAUUGAAUAGCUGUGAGGAGGAGGGAGAGGGGGGGAGGGUAUCUCAUUUCCGACUGAAGAGUUUUACAAAUAAAUGACACGUUCUUUAUUUUUGGAAGUUCAAUUUGAAUUCGGAAUAAGAUUUGCCAAUUUAUUUAGUUGCAUACGAUCUAGGAUACGAAUACAUCCUUUUAUUUUCAAUAUUGAAUAAAUUAUCUUUUUUUUCAGUAGACAAUUUAGAGCUUACAAUUUAGUCGGUAAAAGUCAAGGAAAUAAGCCACUGAAUGUAAAUGACAUAAGCCAGUGAAAGUCAAUAACAUUGGUCAUUGAAAGUCUAAAAAGUCAAAAGGUCACUGAAUUUCAAUAAAAAUAGUCAAUUAUAGCAGUCGAAAAAAUUUACAACUGAAAAUGAAUAAAUAGAUUGACUAUGAUUAAAAUUUUCUAAAAAAUAAUAGUCUUUCCUAGAACUUAUGAACUCCUAACCCCAGUGUUUCAGAAAAAUAAUAAAUAUUUGACUUUUAAAGUUUUCCGAGGAAAGAAACUCAUUAAUAAUUCCUCUCCCUUAUUUAUUAUUCAGACAUCUUUCCCAUUUCAGAAAUUGUGUUUCUAAAAAUCAACUGCAGAACCAUUAUACACCAUUAUACAUACUUGGAAAUAUGGAUGGAAGGACUGAACUGCCUAAAAAUAUGGAUAGAGGGACUGAACUGCCUAAAAAUAUGGAUGGAGGGACUGAACUGCCUAAAAAAAUGGAUGGAGGGACUGAACUGCCUAAAAAUAUGGAUGGAGGGACUGGAAUACCCAAAGAUGGGAACGAAGGAACUGAAUUGAAUAUGGAUGAAAAGUCUGAACUACCCAAACACAGGGAUGGAAGGACUGGAUAUACCAAAGAUAUGGAUGGAGGGACUGGACAAACCAAAGAUAUGAAUGGAGAUAAUGGACUAACCAAAGACAUGGAUGGAUGGACUGCUCUAAAUAAAGAUAAAGAUGAAGGGACUGGACCUACCGAAGAUAUAGAUGUAUGGCCUGCAACAACCAAAGAUAUGGAUGGAGGAACUGGACAAACCAAAAAUAUAUAUGUAUGGCCUGCAACAACCAAAGAUAUGGAUGGAGGAACUGGACAAACCAAAAAUAUAUAUGUAUGGCCUGCAACAACCAAAGAUAUGGAUGGAGGAACUGGACUAGCCAAAUAUGUGGAUAGAGUACAGGGAGAUAGGGAUGAGGUAAAAACACCGAAUACUACAUCAAACUCAACAAAAAUAGAAUUUAAAGAGCCCAAACCCCCGGUCUCUGCAUCUGCUGAACUUGAUCCUACUAACACAGUAAUUAUCAAGAUUGAAACUGAAGAGACAGUUAAUGAGGCUGACACAUUACCUGUUGUGAACCUCAUUUAUAAAAUUGAAACUGAAGAUUCACAAGAAAAUAGAUUUAAAGAUAAAAUGUCCAAAUCUGACUCAGAGUAUUACAAAACUCUUGCAAAGACGGAUAUAGGAUUAGGUCAGGUUCUAGAGAAAGGAAGAACUUUACUCUACUAUCUGCUAAAAAAUGUGAAUAAUGGAGAUAUCUUGGCGCUGAGUAAACUAAACUCAGCAAUCGAGAUUGAAGAGAAUGAGGAUGAUCUAGAUGAUCCUGAGAUCUUGAUUGACCACUCCGGUCUAGUGGAUGAGAGGUUCAACACAAACAACAUUUUGAAAGAUCUUCUGGAUAUACCGAGAUCAAAAACAGUCAGAAUUCUCAAGCACCCAGUCAUGGAAACCUUUAUAAAAACAAGAUGGAGGAAAACCAAAUGGAUCUUCAUUACAACUUUCCUACUUUACCUUACUUUUCUAAUCCUCUUCUCAACCUUUCUUGGAAUGAUGUUCUUUCGAACCUCUCAUCAAACCACGCAUAAAUUGGAUGCUUUGAAGUUCCGACAACAGUGUCCAAACUUCCAAUCGGAGAAAAAGAAUCCUCUCUCUAAAUUCCGACUCGCUCUUCCCGAGGGUCAGAAGGGAGCUCUUUACAACGUGGUAGAGAAGGUCAUCUCCAGCAGGAUUGGUUCCAGGAAAAGAGAUCAUCUUCGAACCUUCGACGGAUGCAGGAAUGCCGCGUUCCCUGAUAUACCUCUCUGCAGUGUUGAAAUUAUGUUAACCAUUGUACUGAUUGUAUUAAUGAUAGAGGAGACCUGGGAAUGUUUAGCUCUGGGUCUCCGCUACUUCACAGAGCUAGAGAGUUGGAUCAAGAUUCUAGUCUUCAGCUUUGCCGCAAUAUCCUUGUCUUAUGAAACUGAAAUUGAAAUUUUAAAAAUAUUUUCCUCUUCAGGGAUUUGUAUGUCAUGGUUAGAGCUAAUAUUUAUGAUUGGAAGAUAUCCGUUUCUAGGAGGCAGGUUCAGCAUCAUGUUUUAUUCAAUCUCGAAGAGAAUUGUGCAGAGUGCGCUCGCCUUCUUUAUCAUGGUCGUCGCCUUCGGCUUCGCAUUCUUUAUUAUCAACUUCGGAAGCGAUAAUGAGCAGUUUGAAAAUCCUGGCAAGGCCUUGCUCAAGAUAUUUGUCAUGGUUCUCGGAGAGUUUGAGUUUGAUAAUUUGUACGAGGGAACCUACUCCUCCGACUCUACUCUUAUCUUCUCCAUGCUCCUACUGAUAGGACUGAUGGUGGCGGGAUCUGUGAUCAUGUUGAACCUGAUUGUAGCGUUCAUCAUCACUGAUGUAUCCAACCUGAUGCAGACAUCCUGGGAGCAGGUUGUGAUUAACCAGGCUAAUCAUGCAAUAAAGAGCGAUGCAUUAAUUAAAAUGGUUUCGAGGCUUAUGAUGAGAUUACAGCCGGCACAGCAGAGGUAAAUAAACAAAAAUUGAAAACAUAAAAUUAUCAUUUUUUUAAUGCCUUUCACACAGAUUCAGACUGACAUAAGAAAUUAAAUCAAAUUAUAAGACUGGGUCAACUUUAGAGUGUUGCAAUGCCUUGGCUUUUGAUUUUACCUCACGAACUCAAUUUUACAUUUUGUA